UACGUUACCUCCUACUAGCUCCACUUAUCGAGCUUCGCUGCAAAAAUUACCUCUGAUGAGGAGAGACAGUUUAAAUCUCCCUUUGACUAAGGAUCUUUCUCGUUACGGUAUUGUCCUUCCUCUGACUUUUCUCUGACUUUUCUCUGACUUCUUCAUUUCACAUGAACCAUUAUUGCAAUGUUUGUAGUCUUAGUUUUGAAACAGACAUAAAGUUAGCAAAUCAUAAAUACGAUGCUCACAUCGACUUAGUAAAAGCGAGUUUUGGUGAUGGUAAGAAAAGGGCAUUUAAGACACGACUUUUUCACUUAAACAAAAAGUAGAGACAGUUUUGGUUAGCAG